AUGUCGGAGCUGGAGCGGCUGCGGCUGAGCGAGAUCCCCGCGGGCCGGCAGCAGCUGCGGGAGCAGCACCACAACCUGCUCAGGGUGGCCGAGUACUGCCACAGCAACUACCUGCAGGCCGGCGACAAGAGGGAGGCGCUGCAGGAGACGAUGGCUCUGAGCACGCAGUCCCUGGCCAGCGUCGCCUACCAGGUCAGCAGCCUGGCCAGAGCCUUCCUGCGCCUCAUGGACCUGCAGGCGGCCCAGCUGCGCCAGCUGGAGGCCGAUGUCACCUGCGUGGCACAGAGCGUGGACAUCCACAAGGAGAAGGUGUCCCGCCGCGAGAUCGGCGCCCUGACCGUCACCAGGAGGUGCCUGAGCUUCCAGAAGGUUCUGCCCCCCCCGGAGCCCCCCGUGCUGGAGCCCUACUACAGGAGACCCCUCAACUUCAGCGUCCUGGACAGCGUCGGCCACGGGGUCAAGGACACCAGCACGCAGCUGUCCCGCACGGGCACCCUGGCUCGCAAAAGCACCAAAUGCUCCUCGGCCCAGGCUGCGGGGACGCUGGGGAGGAGCAGCCGUGUCCCGGAGCCGGUGCAGCCGCCCGUGGUUCCCAUGGGGAAGCUCCCGAGCGGCUCCUCCCCACUCAGCUCCAGCGGGGCCCCGGCAGCUCCCGGGGACGGAAUUCCUGCCCCGCCACCCCUGCCCGUGGGGCCGCCCCUGCCCGUGGGGCCGCCCCUGCCCGUGGGGCCGCCCCUGCCCGUGGGGCCGCCCCUGCCCGUGGGGCCGCCCCCGCCCGCCGCUGCCAUCCCAGCUCCGCCACCGCUCCCCGGGCACCCGGCCGUGCCCCCGCCCCCAGCCCCCGAUGACCUCGAGCUGCCGCCGCCGCCCCUGGCUGAGCCCGACUUUGGGGACCUGGCCCUGCCACCGCCACCGGACGCAGAGGAGCCCCCGUGGGACCCGCAGAGCUACCUGUAGACAGUGGUGGCCCCGCUCCCUGAGCCGCGGCAGGAGGACACCGAGGAGGACACUGAGCUGGGAAUGCAGCGGGGCAGGAGCUGAUCCCAGGGGCCACCUCUGGAUCCCAGCCCUGGAUCCCAGCCCUGGAUCCCAGCCCUGGAUCCCUGUGCUGGAUCCCUGUGCUGGAUCCCAGCCCUGGAUCCCAGGCCAGAACAGAACCCCAGGCACAGAGCAGAGCCCACUGUCCCUGUGGGCUCCAGGGAUGCUCCAGCCCCAAAACCGCUCCCCAGGGUGUCCCCAGGGUGUCCCCAGAGUGUCCUCAGAGUGUCCCCUGCCCAUCCCCUGCCCAUCCCCUGUCCAUCCAUCCCCUGUCCAUCCAUCCCCUGUCCAUCCAUCCCCUGUCCAUCCAUCCCCUGUCCAUCCCCUGUCCAUCCCCUGUCCAUCCAUCCUCUGUCCAUCCCCUGUCCAUCCAUCCCCUGUCCAUCCAUCCCCUGUCCAUCCCCUGUCCAUCCAUCCCCUGUCCAUCCCCUGUCCAUCCAUCCCCUGUCCAUCCCCCAGACUCCAGGGCCCGAGCAGGAGCCAGAGCAGGACCCCCCCUCGGUGCAGCUCAGAGCUGUGUCCCAGCCAGGCUCAUGUCUGUCUGUCUGUCUGUCUGUCUGCAAUACAGAGCUCUGUCCGUCUUACA